CCGGAGCCCACCAAUCACCUCGCGCUUGCGGGGAAGGCACCGCCCCCGAGGCCUUGGCUGGGGCUCCGCGGCCUCAUCCUCCGGGCUGCUGCCUCCGCUGCUGCCCACCUCCUCCGUCCGGGGAGAGACCGCGGGGCCCGAGGGGCGGCGGCGGCGGCGGCGGCGGCGCGAUGGAGCCCGGGUCGGGCGGCCGAGGCGCCGCGCGCGGGCAGCGGCCCCCGAGCGCCGCGCAGCCCCGCGAGCAGGAGCGGAAGCUGGAGCAGGAGAAGCUGUCCGGGGUGGUGAAGAGCGUCCACCGGCGGCUCCGCAAGAAGUACCGCGAAGUGGGAGACUUUGAUAAGAUCUGGAGAGAACACUGUGAAGACGCUGAAACACUUUGUGAAUAUGCUGUUGCAAUGAAAAAUUUGGCAGAUAAUCACUGGGCAAAAACUUGUGAGGGUGAAGGUCGCAUUGAAUGGUGUUGUAGUAUAUGCAGAGAGUAUUUCCAGAAUGGUGGGAAGAGAAAAGCACUUGAGAAAGAUGAGAAAAGAGCUGUACUCGCCACUAAGACCACUCCAGCCUUAAACGUGCAUGAGUCAUCGAAACUUGAAGGUCGUUUAACAAACCUCAGCUUUACAAGCCCUGAAUUUAUUACCGAGUUGCUUCAAGCCUCUGAAAAGAUCAGAUUGCUUGAUGUUGGCAGCUGCUUUAAUCCGUUUCUGAAGUUUGAAGAAUUUCUAACCGUUGGCAUAGAUAUUGUACCUGCUGUAGAGAGUGUGUACAAGUGUGACUUCCUGAACUUGCAGCUUCAGCAGCCACUCCAGCUUGCACAAGACGCUAUAGAUGCUUUUCUGAAGCAGCUGAAAAAUCCUAUCGAUUCUCUUCCUGGAGAACUUUUCCAUGUGGUUGUUUUCUCUCUCCUCCUGUCCUAUUUUCCGUCACCCUACCAGCGAUGGAUUUGCUGCAAGAAAGCCCAUGAGCUGUUAGUGCUGAAUGGCUUAUUGCUCAUCAUCACCCCCGAUUCCUCCCAUCAGAACCGGCAUGCUAUGAUGAUGAAGAGCUGGAAGAUUGCUAUAGAAUCCCUGGGCUUUAAGCGCUUCAAGUAUUCAAAAUUUUCUCAUAUGCAUCUCAUGGCUUUUAGGAAAACCUCCCUUAAAACCACCAGUGACUUGGUUAGUAGGAACUAUCCAGGGAUGUUAUAUAUUCCUCAAGAUUUCAACAGUGUAGAAGAUGAGGAGUAUUCUAAUCCUUCUUGCUAUGUUCGAUCAGAUGUAGAAGAUGAACAACUAGCAUACGGUUUCACAGAGCUCCCUGAUGCUCCUUAUGACUCAGAUUCUGGAGAAAGUCAAGCCAGCUCUAUUCCAUUCUAUGAGCUAGAGGAUCCCAUCUUACUUUUAAGUUAAUAUAAAAGCAAAAAGCCCUUCUUUCUAUUCCAGACUCCUAAACUAACUGCUUACACUAAUCAGAAUACUAACGUGAACUCAGUAUUUAAAGCCUGGUUUGCAGAGAAGAAAUGCAAACGUUUACAGAGUUUGCUAUUUUUUUCUACUUCUGGAUUUCAAAAUUUAUUCUUAUAUAGGAAGCUUAAAGUUUCAUGCAGAGUGACUUUGUCUUAGCAGAAACCACUGUUCCUUUAGCAUUUUGCAUUAAGAUUUUAAAAGGUACCUCUUUUCUCUAUAGUGCUGUUGUGAAGUCUAAUUUACUGUGCAUUUUCCUUUUUAGUCCAGUGUUGACUUUACACCAUUGUCCUGAGGAACCUUAAGAUGUGUAGAAAGCUGUAGAUUGCACUUUGAUGACUCACAAGUUAAAUAUUUCACACAUAGGUUGGUUUAGUUGUUCAUGGUACACUUUUCUUUUAAACUGUUACCUAUUACAGAAAACAUUUUCUACUCAGCUUCAUCUACUGAUACAGUGUUUCUGAACUUUUUGAAAUUGGUGACAACUCUUAAUAUUAAGCUCAUUUGGAAACAUUAGACAUUGGAAGAGACAUUUCCCGAAGUAUGUUCUAAUUUCAUUAACACAGCACAGCAAACACCAUUGCUAAAGUAAUAUUUCCAUGACUUUCUUACUGAUUUAGGCUUUGGUGUUCAGUCUGUUUUACCUGUGAAAGUUCAUUUUUAUUUUUAAAACUCAGAGUACAUUUAUAAAAUGUUCUGUUUAAGCAAGGAGCAAUGUUUAAUACUCAACACUGAGACCACCUUUGUGAAAGGGUUUGCACUUAGAAGAGUAUAUUCUAUUGAGACCAGCUCUGAUAGGGUCCUACCUGUCCAUUAAGGCACUGCUGCACUACAAGUUUGGAAUUACAUGAACGUUUUUGAAAUUAACCCUCUACUGAUAAUCUCGUAGAAUGGUCUUGACCUUUUAAUAUUCUAAUUUCUUUCUAAGCCCUAGCAGAUAAUUUUCUGUGACUAUAUAAACAAUUAGUUGGCUGUGGGAAAUUUCCCUUUCCACAUUGAUAAAUGCCUUUCUGUGUUUCUGAAUCAGAAGCAAAUGAUUAACGAGAAAUAUAUGUCCAAACAAGACAAGUUUAAACAGUUAAAAACAUAUAGUCCACAUUGUCUUGUCAGCCAGCAAUUGUCAUGUAAACUAUCAUUUUUAAGAGUGCCACUGUGUGGAUUUUUUUCAAGUGGUUAUUACAUUAAAAUUACCUCAUACUGAGGUUUUUGCACUGAAAUAUAACAGUUUCAGAUUUCAUGGUUAAUGGUGUGUGUGUGUGUGUGUGUGUGUGUGUGUGUAUGCGCACAAGCGUGUGUGCCUGCGCACACGUGUGCAUGUGUGUAUUUUUAAAAGGAAACUUGCAUUUUCAAUAGUUAAUCCUAAAUUUCAUAAACUGCACUUCUUUACUCUGGUAAACUGAUGUUUUUGUGCUUAUUGUGAAUUGCUAUAGUUAACUUUGAAUGUCAAAUUUUAUUUAGAAAUACAUAAACUUACCCUUUAAGAUAGGUUCAUUGUGUAUAUCCAAUAUUUCAAGUUCAGUUUCACAUGCUAAAUUAAUGAAAGUGACAUGAUUAUAACUAAUUUUAGAAAGGUCAGUUGUGUAAAUGCAAUAAACAUUGGUUAUUCAAAUAUGCCAUAAGUAACUUGAAAUUUUUCAUUUGCUUUCAAUAGCAUACAGUUCUAUAAUUAUUAGAGUUGAUAUUUCUUUUCAUUUAGGCACUACAGGACACUAUCUUAGAGCUCCCUCAAAAGAAAAGACAAAGAAUGAAAACGCACUGUAUUCAGGAUAAAACAAAACUAUGUUUUGGUAGCAUCCCUCUUACCAUACUCUCUUGUUUUAUUUACUAAUUACAAUUCUAAGAGAAAAGAAAACAAUACACCAAAUGAAAUUGCUUUGAAAGUAAAUGAAACAGUGCUUUGGAAAGUUGAUCUAGCUAUGACCUACAGCAAAAUAUGUUGGUGCUAUACAUUCUUCUGAUUGUUUACUGAUGUUGAGUCUGCUCUUUCCAAGGUGUGCAUGAUGUAUUUUAAGUAGUACUUAAAAAUAUCUCUUUAUAAGAACUACUACCACUUAGUAUAAAUAUGUUUGAUUUUAUAUCAUUUGUUACUGUAAACUCAGCUUACUCAAAUUAGAACUUACGCCAAUACGUAUUCCACAAGGCCAGUUGAGGGUGUAAGUGCUGAAACAUGAGCAGUCACUGGGUUGGGGCCAGAUUAUAUAAGUAAUGACCAGUGAAGUUAGUAGGGCCUCUCAGUAUUGUAUGGGUACGUUAAAAAUGGUUUCAUUUGGAUAUAAAUAAUUUAAGGGACUUCCCGUCACAUUUACAGCAAUCCCUCCAAAAUAAUCCGUUAUUUCAAAAACAGACGAUAAUCAUGUGGUUGGUUGGGCUCAUCGGGAUUGUGAACAGAUCAUGUGCUUUUAUCAUAGUUGCAAAGUGGUUGGAGAUAGUAUACCUGAAAAUGUACGUCCGUGUUUGUUGUAUUUUUUCACAUUUUGUGAACAAAGCACAUUUAUUAAAAAAUUUAAAUUUUCUAAUA